GGAAGUAUGCAAGAAAGGAACGCACAUCAACAAAACUUGUGAGCGUAAAAACCGCAGGGGUUUUCUAUUUUGUGCAUUUUUGCAGGUGCUCACCGAGAGAAGUGGCGUUCAGGAGUUCCAAGAAGAGCCGGUAAAGAUGAGCGAGUCGCUAGAAAGGACGACAGAGGGCCCCUCGUCGGAUGAUCCGGGCGCUGAGAGGAGCAGCGAGUACCGCUGGGAGGAUGGAGGUCUGCCCUUGGAGCUGCAGAGAGGGAUGGAGAACUUACGAGUCAACCAGGAACUGACUGAUGUGACCGUGUGUGUUCAAGGACACCAAUUCCCUUGCCACAGGGCCGUCCUCGCCGCUGCCAGUCAAUACUUCAGGGCCAUGUUCUGCGGUGGACUGAAGGAGAGUCGUGAGGAGAGGGUGGAAAUAAAAGGACUGGACAGCGGGACGAUGCAGACUCUCUUGGAAUAUACCUACACCAGCCAGACCCUCCUCACACGGGCUAAUGUGCAGAAAGUACUGGAGGCAGCCAGUCAGUUCCAGUUUCUCCGUGUUGUGGACGCAUGUGUCGGUUACCUGAGCAAAUCCCUGCAACCGGAAACUUGCAUCGGGAUCCUCAACCUUGCGGAACCCCACGCCCUUCCCACUCUGCAGACCAGAGCUCAGGACUACAUCGCCUCCCACUUCUCCCAAGUGGCCCAGCAGCAGGACUUCCUGGAAGUGGCGGUGGAGUCCUUGGAGACCAUCCUGCAGAGGGAUGAUCUGGACGUGAAAUGCGAGGAGGUCGUUUUUGAGGCGCUGAUGUGUUGGGUGAGGGCCCGGCAGGAUCGACGGCGGCAAGUACUGGCCCGGUUGCUGUCUUACGUGCGGCUGCCGUUGCUGGACCCGGCAUACUUUGUGGAAAAAGUGGAGUCUGACGAAUUGAUCCGCGGCUGCAGUGAGAGCUUUCCUCUGCUGCAAGAGACGCGUUCCUUUCACCUCUCCGGACGGGAGGUGGUGUCAGAACGAACCAAACCGCGUGUUCGCCACUUCCUCUCAGAGGUGUUCCUCGUCAUCGGAGGCUGCACCAACGACGACCGCUUCAUUCCCACCGUCACGUGUUUGGACCCGCUGAGACGCAGCAGAUUGGAGGUUGCCAGACUACCAGGAACUGAUAUGGAGGACGAGGCCCAGAACAGGAAAUGGGUGGAGUUUGCUUGCAUCACCUUUCGCAACGAGCUUUAUAUAUCUGGAGGUAAAGAGACCCAGAAGGAUGUCUGGAAAUAUAACGGCGCGCUGGACAAGUGGAUGCGAGUCGAGCCUCUGACAAUCGGGCGCUGGAGACAUAAGAUGGCAGUCCAAAGGGGGAAAGUGUAUGCACUGGGCGGGUUCGAUGGCGUCCGCAGGCUCGAUUCCGUCGAGGCCUACGACCCUUUCCACAACUGCUGGAUCCAGGUCGCGCCCCUCGCGGUGGGCGUGAGCUCCUUUGCAGCCGCGAGCUUUGACAAAUGGAUCUACGUGAUCGGUGGGGGGCCAAACGGAAAGCUGGCGACCGAUUUGGUUCAACGCUGGGAACCUGGAACGGACUUCUGGGAGCUGCGGGCACCCGUUCCCGUAGAAACAAAGUGCACCAAUGCCGUCUGCUUCAAGAACCGCAUCUACGUGGUUGGUGGCGCCAUGCACACCAUGUACUGCUACUCCCCUCUGGCAGACUCCUGGACCGUUGUGAGCCAUUUGGGAGAGAGGGCGAGCUGUGCCAUCGCCGCCUGCAGCAACAAACUCUUCAUCACAGGAGGCCGCGAUAACAAAAACCAGGUCAUCUCCACCGUGAUGUGCUGGGAUGUUGAUGAAGGGGUCCUCACUGAGGAAUGCGCUUUGCCCAUGGGUGUCUCACAUCAUGGCAGCGUGACACUCCUCAAGUCCUACACUCAAAUGCAAAAGAUAGCGCCGGCGUCAGAGUCCCAGUGAGAACGAAAAACAGCCGUUUGGAUGCAAUGUGUUUGUGUUUGUCAUGGACGCCAAACCACAUUGGUGAACUUAGCUAGCGCUUUCGACUCUCAUUCUGCGGACGUUGGUGUGUUCCCGAGGGGUCGGCAACCCAAAAUGUUGAAAGAGCCAUAUUGUUCCAAAAAAAAAAAAUAUGUUGUCAUGUUUGUCCUCCUACAGAAACCAUAUUCAUUCAUUCAUUUUCUACCACUUUCUGCGGGGAUGCUGGAGCCUACCCCAGCUGUCUUGGGGCGAGAGGCGGGAACACCUUGGACUGGUGGCCAGCCAAUCACAGGGCACAUACAGACAAACAACCAUUCACACUCACAUUCAUACCUAUGGACAAUUUGGAGUGGCUAAUUAACCUAGCAUGUUUUUGGAAUGGGGGAGGAACCGAACAUAAACAUUCCAAAAAAUGUAAAUAUUAUAUAAUAAUUGUUUAUGCCUUAUAUGUAUUAUUUUCUGUUAUGUUUACUAUAAAUGUGU